CCCCACAAACACCGAGCAGCAAAGAUGGGAGUAGCUCUCAGGGCGCCCGUCGCGCUCCGCCACCUCGUCGUCGCCGGAGGGCAGAGGAAGCGCUACAUCGGGGGCAACAGGAAGCGCGGCCACGCGCAGCGCCGCUACUUCACGCAGCCCCUCGAGAUCCUCUGGAGGCGCGAUCCCCAUUCUCCUUUUCGUAUCCCCGCGCCCGCCGCCGCCCGCAGCGAGGCCAACGCCUCGUCGCAGCCGCCGCCUCUCGAGAACGCUUCCUUCGAGGAGUACUACAAGGAGCAGCGAAUCGUUCGUGAGGAGGAGUGGGAUGCCUUCAUGAGUGUGCUUCGGAGACCAUUACCGGCGACGUUUAGGAUCAAUGCUAGCUGUCGAUUUUGGAGAGACAUUUUCUCUAAAUUAGAAAAUGACUUCAGGGGAUCCUUGGAGAGUGAGGUUAGUGAUGAACAUGUAGAAGAUGCUAUUAGUCCCUUGCCUUGGUAUCCAGGCAAUCUUGCAUGGCAUUUGAAGUUCUCUCGGAAGCAACUGAGAAAAAAUCAGGCACUUGAGAGUUUUCAUGAGUUCCUAAAGCACGGGAGUGAGGUUGGUAACAUAACUAGGCAAGAGGCUGUUAGCAUGGUGCCACCCUUAUUUCUGAAUGUACAACCUGAUCACCAUGUUCUCGACAUGUGUGCUGCUCCAGGAUCUAAAACUUUCCAGAUACUUGAAAUGAUUCAUCAAUCAAAAGAGCAAGGUCUACUUCCAAGAGCACUGGUCAUAGCUAACGAUUUCAAAGUGCAAAGAUGUGAUCUCCUCAUCCAUAAUACAAAGAGAAUGUGCACUGCCAACCUGAUAGUGACAAACCAUGAAGCACAAAACUUCCCCAGUUGUUCUCUUGCAAUGGAUCACGGCAAACCACAAGGGUUAGAAUUCGACCGAGUACUUUGUGAUGUCCCCUGUAGUGGUGAUGGGACUAUCCGUAAAGGUCAUGAUAUGUGGAGAAAGUGGAACUCAAGUACGGGGAAUGAAAUUCAUCUUCUCCAAGUAAAUAUUGCUAUGCGUGGUAUUGCCUUACUUAAAGUGGGUGGAAGGAUGGUUUACUCAACUUGCUCAAUGAAUCCUGUUGAAAAUGAAGCUGUUGUUGCUGAGCUUCUUCGUAGAAGUGGAAACUCUGUUGAGCUACUUGAUGUGUCUAAUGAGCUGCCAGAAUUGGUCCGCCGUCCUGGACUUAACACUUGGAAGGUAAAAGACGGAGGAUUUUGGUUUCAGACCCAUGAAGAUGUUCCUCGCAAUAGGAAGAAUGUAAUAUUGCCAAGCAUGUUUCCUUCAAGUGAAAGUACCCAUGAAGGCCACACAGUGAAUAAUGGUAUCGGAGCCAAUUCUAAUCACAGUACGAGCUUCUCAAGAGAUUUCAACAUUGAAGCAGCAGGCAAUGUUAAUUGUGAUUCCGCUAAAAGAUUAGAUUACACUUCCAGUAGAGUGGACUCAAAUUUCUCUCUGGAUCGUUGCAUAAGAAUUGUUCCUCAUGACCAAGAUGGUGGGGCAUUUUUCAUUGCAGUUCUUCAUAAAGUGUCCCCACUGAAGGAAAGCCAGAUGAUAGAGGUGAGAAAAACUGAGCACCCACUCUUGACGGACAGGAUGGAGAAACUUCCGAAACAACAUCAAGAAGAAAUUGACAAAAAAUUGAUGAAUCAGCAUAGUACUGUUACUGAAGCUCUUGAUGAUGAUAAAUUGAUCGAUGAACAGAAACAUUUAAGCAUGGACAACGAAACUUCAAAGGAUAACAACUUAAUUGGAGUCAGAAUGGUUUCUGAUGAUGUAGAAUAUGGUCAGGCAGAAUCAGGUGAUCGAAGUCAUAGAACAAAGAAGUUGCACAACGAACACAGGUGGAAAGGGGUUGAUCCGGUGCUAUUUUUCAAAGAUAAUUCUGUGAUCGAAAAUAUAGUAUCGUUCUUUGGCAUCAAGGAAUCAUUUUCACUUGAAGGCCAUCUGGUGACUAGAAGUACUGAUAAUGCAAGGAGACUGUACUACAUAUCAAAAUCAGUACAAGAAAUUUUGGAACUUAAUGUACAAGUUGGUGAGCAGAUUAAAAUUGCCUCUCUUGGGGUAAAGAUGUUUGAAAGGCAUAGAUCGAAAGAUGGCUGUUCAUGUGCAUAUAGACUAUCUUAUGAGAGUCUGUCAUUGCUCCUUCCAUACAUGAGCAAGCGGAUACUAUAUGCGUCUCCAAUCGACUUCCAGCACCUUUUACAAUACAGGACCAUUAACUUUGCUCAUUUCGUCGAUGCCAGAUUUGGGCAGGAAGCUGCAUCUUUGAUGCCUGGAUGCUGUGUUGUAGUGCUACGUGAAGGGCUUCAAAAUACCGAUUACAUAGCAAUGGAUCCCUCCGCCAUUGCCAUUGUUUGCUGGAGAGGAAAGGCAACUAUGAUUGUCUUGGUUUCUCCACCCGAUCGGAAGGAACUGCUUGAAUAUCGCUUCGGGUUCAAAGCUUUCAGUGUUGAAGAUGAGAGUUCUAACCACAAGAUUGAUUGAUUACAUGAGGGAGCUGAUAAGUGAUAACACCGUUGAGGUGGAUGAUCAGAACAUGUGGUUAGAAGUAAAAGAUUUUGCAUGAUAACGAGGCCUAGUAAACAGAGUUGGCAUGGUACGUCAGGAUUUUGCUGCUGGAUGUUGAAGGGCUGUUUAGAGCAAUCUGAAGGUGUUAUCUGCUGAUUUUGUAUGAUAUCGAGUUCAUCCUUUGCCGAAGCCAGCCUCUGGAUGACCGCCGGCGCCAAGGCUCUUCAGAGGCUGUGGUUCCAUUCACGCCCUCUUGACUAGCCUCCUUUGUGUUAGCCUAGUGUACAAUUUUGUCAUGUUCCUUUUUCUGCGUUUUGGGCUUUUUCCUUGCUCUACUUUUCUUUUCUUGUUCUUUUGUUUUCACUGGCUGAAAUGCCCGUGUGUUGCAACGGAACAACAAAAUAAAAUGAUACAUUCAAAACAUGCAUCAAA